AUGAGUACACUAUAAAGAAUAAUCAAAGGUGCUUCUGACCUUAGAAAUUAUAAGUCUAUAACUUUAAAAAAUAAACUUUAGUGUUUAUUAGUUUCCGAUGAGAAGGCUGAUAAAUCAUCAGCAGCCAUGAAUGUUAAUGUAGGUCACUUAUAAGACCCUAUUGAUAGACCAGGCUUAGCUCAUUUUUUAGAGCACAUGUUAUUCAUGGGAACUGAAAAAUAUCCAAAUCAAAGUGAAUACAGCGAUUACCUCAGUAAAAAUGGAGGCUAUUCAAAUGCUUACACAAGCUAAAUGGAAACAAAUUACUAUUUUGCAUGUUAAAAUAGUUCAAUUGAAGGUGCACUUGAUCGCUUUUCUUAAUUUUUUGUCAAGCCUCUUUUCAGUGAAGCUUGUGUAGAAAAAGAAAUGAAUGCUGUUGAUAGCGAACAUCAAAAAAAUAUUAUGCAAGAUUCAUGGCGUUUCUUACAACUUUUCAGAAGUUCAGCUCAUAAACACACUGAAUUCUGCAAAUUUGGAACAGGAAAUUUAUAAACAUUGAGCCAUCCCACAAUCAGAGAUGAUUUGAUCUAAUUUUAUAACAAAUACUACUCAGCAAAUUUAAUGAGAUUAGUUAUUUAUUCCAACAAAGAUAUUGCUUAGAUGGAAAACUGGGCCUAAAAUUAUUUUUCUGAUAUUCCUAACAAUGAUUUACUACCUCCUUCUUUUAAAGCUUUGCCUUUCACAUAGGAAAAUUUGGGUAAUUUAUGGAAAGUAGUUCCUAUUAAAGAUAUUCAUUAACUUUCAAUUAAAUGGAUUCUCCCUGAUAUGAGAAAGUACUAUAAGAAUAAUCCAGCUUCUUAUCUUUCUCAUUUGUUAGGUCAUGAAGGAGAAAAUAGUUUAUUGAGUAUUCUGAUUAAGAAUGGAUUAGCUGUUGAGCUCUCAGCAGGUAACUAAAAUGAGUAGAAUUUAUGGAGCAGUAUGAAUAUUGAAAUUUCUCUUACUAAUAAAGGUGUUGAGAAUUAUGAAUAAGUUUUAUAAUAUCUAUUUUCUUAUAUUCAGAUGCUUAAAGAAAAAGGUGUUCAAGAAUGGGUAUUUAAUGAGAUAUAAAUGUUAAGCAAGUUAAAUUUUGAUAACAAAGAUAAUGAAAAGCCUGAAAGCUAUUCUCUUUCUCUUGCAAGUCGUAUGCAGUACUAUCCUAUAGAAGAAGUCCUCGUUUAACCAUACUUAAACGAAUAGUAUGACAAGAAUUUAAUUUAAGACACUAUUAACUAAUUUAACAUCGAAAAUGUUCGUAUCACUCUUAUUUCUAAGAAAUUUGCAGAAGAAUGUUAAUUAACUGAGCCAAUUUAUGGAACUCAGUAUUCAGUCGAACAAAUUAAUGAAUAACUUAGAAAUAUACUUUUAAAUCCCAAAAUUGAUGUUAUUCAUGAUUUAAUUAAACCUAAUACUUUUCUCCCUAAAAACAUGGAUUUGUUUACUAAGGAAAUCGACACAUUACCUUAAUAUCCAUUCUUAAUUAGAAAUGAAGAAUUCUCAGAGGUAUGGUUUAAAUAAGAUAAUCAUUUCUAGAAACCUAAAGCAAGUGUAAAAGUAAAAAUCAGCUUCAAUUAGCAAACAAAAGGUAUCAAAAAUUAGAUUUUAUUCGCACUUUGGAUAUCUUUAUUAAAAGAAGAAAUGAGAGAAAUUAGUUAUAUGGCUGAAAUGGCUUAUUUAGGAUAAUCACUCAAUGUUGUAGAUGGUGCUCUUAUUUUGAGUGUUGGUGGCUAUAAUGAUUCUUUACCUUAAUACCUCAAAUAAAUUUUCACAAUUAUUUCUAAUUUUAACUAAACUGAUAAAACUAAAUUUGACAUAUAAUAUGAGAGAAUCAUGAGACAAUACUAAAAUAUCUCAAAAAUGUAGCCAUAUUAGCUCAUUUUUAACUAUGCUCAACCAUUGAUUAUAACUAAUGGAAUAAAUCCAGAUGAGUUGCAACCUACUCUUGAAAAAACUACUUUUGAUGAAUAUUUGGUAUUCUAAAAAAAUCUCAUGUAAAAGCUUUCAUUUUAGUGGUUAAUUUAGGGAAAUAUGACAGAAGAAAUUGUCAAAAACUUUACUGUUGAAUCAGAAAACAUAUUAUUUUAAGCAAAAAAUGCCACUAAGCUUUCUCCAUCUGAAAUUUCUGACAUUAGAGCAAUCUAAUUACCUCAGAAAACUAUGUUCUGGGAAAAAAAUUUAGGCUCACAUGAAACAAACUCAGCAAUAGUUUCAUUGUAUCAAUAUAAAAAAGAUACAAUAUAAAAUGAGCUUAAGAUGCAAUUUUUGGCAAAUAUAAUAAAGACACCCUUCUUUGAAAAACUCAGAACAGACGAACAACUUGGUUAUGUUGUUCAUAGUUUGUCUACAACUACAAGAGCUGUUUUAGGGUUCAUCUUUAUGAUAUAAUCGAAUGUUAAAUCUCCUUAAUAUUUAUCAUAAAGGAUAGAGCUUUUCUUAAAUAACUUCAAAGAAAGAAUGAGCAAUAUUACUGAUGCUGAAUUUGAGUAGUAUAGAUAAUCAAUUAUUUCUAACUUAAGCUAAAAACCAAAAAGUAUUUUCGAAGAAGCAAAUGAUAAUUGGGAUGAAGUAUUAAAUAAUUAGAGACUAUUCAAUAGAAGAAUUCAACUUCUUAGUGAAGUUAAAAAUGUCACAUUACAAGAUGUUCAAGAGCUCUUCAAUUAAAUUUUCUUUGAGGAAAAGAAGAAAUUAGAUAUCCAUUUUGUUAGCAAUAACCAUUUAGAAGAAAAUAACAAAAUAAAAGAUGAAAGACUUAAAAACAAUGAGAUUGAACAAGUUCAAUCAGUAGUUGGGUUCAGAAACUCUAGUUCAUUAUUCCCAGAUUUUUAUUCUAGACUUUGA